AUGGAGGGUGAGCCAUCCUCUGGUGCCUCCAAGGCCAACCCGUCUGCUAACCUGAGCGAAACGCCGGUCCGCGUCAAGGCUGUUCAAAGCGCGUCUUACAUGGAAGGCAACCUCGAUGCAGCUCGCAGAGCCGUGAUGGAAGAUCUUGGAACGACCAUACCGGAGGUCAAGCCUGAAUUCUUCCGGAAAUACCUCCUUCCUCGGCUUCCCGUAGGCGUUAACAUCGACCAGCUAGUUAACAAACUUUGCAAAGAGGGCGACAUCGAAGGAAACCGUUGGGCGGCAUUCCAAGAGGAUCCCAAAAAUUCCUCCCAGUGCGAGGACGGCUGCUUCGAAUCUCUCGCAGAUGUGGCAACAGCUAUCGCAAAGGCCGCAAGAAAGAUGACACGCAAGAAACAGCUAUUCGAGUUUGCCCAGAACCCAGCCCACGCGCCCAAGUCCAAGACGAGGACGUCGAAAAGUCGCCCGGAUGGAUGUUUCAUCCGCAAGUCAGGGCCUAAGGGUAAAUUCCGAUGGAUGGACAUCGCGCUUUCCGCUGAAUACAAGAAGGUGGAGAACGCUAAAACUAAAGAUGAUGUAAGCACAUCCGAUUUCAAAACUGAAUACUGGGCUGAUAGCUAUGGCAGGAUGUCCGAAAGCCGCACAGAGCUGCUUGUGAGCAAGCCGAUUGAUUUCAUGUCGGCACAUCAUGAGGUCGUUCAUUUCUUCGUCGCGAUGAUGUACGCGGCUGAACAUGAGGCGGGAUGGGAUCCCACAAUGGAAUACGUGCGCAAGAUGAACGGCACGGGCGACGAGCUUGAACUGGACAAAGAAGGUAAACCCCGCCUCGACAUCGAUGUCCAAGAUCAGAAUGGAACAGUCGUACGGUAUCGGACUAUAAGAUGGUUAUCGGACGAUGGCGCAAAUGGUCUGCGAGGCAGGGGUACGCGUGUCUGGGAGGUGUGUAUAUUCGACAAGAAUAAGGAAGGUGUCGAUCGCUUCGCUCUCAAAGACCAGUGGAUCGAUGCCGAUCGCCUACGAGAAGGCAUGAUCAUCUACAAGCUCCGGAACACGAAAACAGAUGAUGCGACAAGAGACAUUAUCGACCAAUCGCUACUCACUGUGGAACAUCACGGAGAUGUCUACGUGGAAGGCAUGCUCGAUCAUACCCGCAAUCUCAUGACGCGCCGUGGCGAGCCGCACCACCAUUACCGCUUCAAACUCCAACAGAUUCCGGAGGACGGAGUUGAGGAGAACAGUACAGCCCAGUCGAGCAACCGGACGCCAGCAGGCGUAGGCUUCCACCAGACUUCAGCAGAGCUGAGGACGGCCUCCGCACAGAAGAUCUAUACAUACCAUCCAAAGGUCCAUUACCGUAUCGUGUUCAAGGAGGUAUGCAUACCGAUUCACGAGAUCACUUCGCUCAAGAACAUCUUCUAUGUGCUCAUAGAUGCUGCACUUGCGCUGGUGGCAUUGCAUGAACUUGGAUGGGUGCAUCGUGACAUGAGCGCGGGUAAUCUCCUCAGCUUCAUGCAGGAUGGAGUGCUGUGCUGCAAGCUGACAGAUCUCGAAUACGCCAUGCAGCUGAAAGAUCGUUUGGGUCACGAAAUCCGGACUGAAGCAAAGGCGAAAGAAGCCAAGCCGCCUCUGAACGUAGCCGCUUCCAACCGAGUCGCCCUAGACCGGAUAAGGGCCUUAAAACGUGGAAACCCUGGUAAAAUCGUCAAUCGAGUCAAGAAGAUUAUCCGCAUCGUGCCCUUCCGGUACAACCCCCUUCAUGAUAUUGAAUCCCUUUGGUGGGUGGCAAUAUACUUCGUCUUCAACAGAUCGGUGGUCAAGGUCGGUGGUAAACCCCCAUCCAUGGACGCGUCGCAGCGGGGAGACUACUCCAGUCAGAAGAUUUACACGAAGUUGUUAGCCACAUCGCCGCAUGCAAGAUUUACAGCGUUAGAGGACGAGACUGACCUUCACCAGCAAAUCAUCUACCUACACGCUGCCAUACGGGAGAUCGCUGAUGACCUCAACGAGAUCAGGAUGCGACUAGUCAACUGUUAUCUGAAAGCUGAGCAGGAUCUAGGCGCAAUCCGUCACACAAUCGGCCAUGACCUCCUUCAUGACGUCUUCAUAACAUCCUUCGAAAAUAUUGUUAGCAAGCUCCAGGAAAACGACAUUCAAGUCGACAUUCUACGCAAUGAUCCACGACAAUAUGUCGAGGAUCCGUUCGAGAUCCCGACUCAGGGCGACGUUACCGACGACAACGGUCCCACUGAUGAUGACGACACAGAAGAAAACUCAGACGGAGGUGACCAGGGAUCCGGCCUCGCAGCUCUCACUCGAGAGGUAAGCGCCGGAGACAUCGCCGAAGAGGCAACUGCCAAGGAUGAUGCGCAAGACGUAGUUGUCGAAGACCCUGACGCUGGAAGAUCUGUUGACAAAGAUACCGGCCCAUCCGACGCACUACUCGUCUACAGCGCAAGCGCACUGUUCCCAUCCGAUAUGGGACAGAGUCCAAUGUGA